AUGGCGAAAGGUGAACGCAGGGUAUUGUUGGUAUUGGGGGACUACGUGGAAGACUACGAGGCGAUGGUUCCAUUUCAAGCACUUCAGGCAUAUGGAGUGUCCGUUGAUGCCGUCUGUCCUGGCAAGAAAGCUGGUGAUAUCUGCCGCACAGCCAUUCAUCAACUUUCUCCUGCUCACCAGACUUAUUCUGAAUCACGUGGUCACAAUUUCGCACUCAAUGCAACAUUUGAUGACAUUGAAUUUAACAAAUAUGAUGGAUUAAUAAUACCAGGAGGACGGGCACCUGAAUAUCUUGCUUUGGAUGCGUCGGUUUUAGAAUUGGUGAGAAAGUUUUCUGACUCCGGAAAGCCAAUUGCUUCGAUUUGCCAUGGGCAACUUGUCCUAGCAGCUGCAGGCUCGGUUAAAGGUAGGAAGUGUACGGCCUUCCCAGCUGUCAGACCUGUACUUGUUGCUGCAGGUGCUUAUUGGGUGGAACCCGAGACCAUGUUGGCGUGUGUUGUUGAUGGUAAUAUAAUUACUGGGGCUACAUAUGAAGGCCAUCCUGAGUUCAUUAGGCUUUUUGUGAAGGCACUAGGAGGUAACAUAACUGGUUCAGAUAGGAGGAUCCUGUUUCUCUGUGGGGACUUCAUGGAAGAUUAUGAGGUAAUUGUGCCUUUUCAGUCUCUUCAAGCUCUAGGAUGCCAUGUUGAUGCAGUUUGCCCCAAGAAGAAAGCUGGUGAAAUCUGUGCAACUGCUGUCCAUGAUUUUGAAGGUGAUCAAACCUACAGUGAGAAGCCGGGCCAUAAUUUCACUUUAACAGCUGACUUUGAAGCUCUAGAUGUCUCAAGUUAUGAUGCUCUUGUAAUCCCUGGAGGUCGAGCUCCAGAAUAUUUGGCAUUGGAUGAGAAAGUUAUUGCAUUAGUGAAGCAAAUUGUGGAAGCCAGGAAACCAAUUGCAUCCAUCUGCCACGGGCAGCAGAUUUUAGCUGCUGCUGGUGUUCUACAGGGAAAGAAAUGUACUGCGUAUCCAGCGGUGAAGCUUAAUGUGGUUUUGUCAGGAGCAACAUGGCUGGAACCUGAUCCAAUAGAUCGUUGCUUCACGGAUGGAAAUUUGGUUACUGGAGCAGCGUGGCCGGGCCACCCAGAGUUCAUUUCUCAGUUGAUGACAUUGCUUGAUAUUCGAGUAUCAUUCUAG